AUGCCUUCAGCCGUCAAAGGCAUUUUGACCAAGUUCGAGGCAUGGCUGGAGGACACCUUUGGAGGCACUGGGGAUCCAGAGCAGCCAGACGCUCUCAAGGCCAUCUUUGAGGGAGCCAAGACACGGCUGGAGAAGGUUGACCCAAGCUUCCAGUUUUCUCGCAGAGCAGCUGAGACCACAGUUCCAGCAGUGCCAAGUCCGAACAAGACUGUUGAGCUCUUCCUGAACCCAUGGCACCUCAGCUUUGACCCUGCCCAGAUGGUGCACGUGCUCCGGUGUGUACGCGACUUCCUUGAGAAACCGUACAACUCCAUCGAAAACCCCAUCCAUGUCACCUUCCCCAAGAGCAUCCAUGUGGAGGGGGGGCCCCUGCAGGACUUCAUGGUUGGCCAUGGCAUUGGCUUUGCGAAGAGCUUGGCAAUGAAGAUCUUGCUCCUGGGGGUGAACCACCUGGAGCUCAGCGACGAUGAGCUCAAAGCCUUGAGCCCCCAGGUUAAAGCUUUGUAUGGCUUCCGUUGCACUUACAAGACCGCAGGGCAGGAGCGGCAGGAUCGCUUCGCGUGCUUGCAGGACAAGUUUGCCGAGUCUGCGCGUCCCCGGCCUGACUGCAUCCAGGUCUCCAACCUCCUGCUGGUCCAGGCGCGCGCGGAUGGAAUGGACUGGGCAGAGGCUGCACCGAAGCUGCAGCUCCGAGAACGAGUGAAGACGCUGCCCCUGCUGGACGCCGACACGUUCCAAGCCAUAGACUACCACUGGCAGACCAACUUGAUCAGAAAUAGCGCUCUCCCAUACAAGGUGCUGGCUGCAGAUGCCUUCUUCAACGGCUUGAAGCCCAAGACGAACCAGGACUCCGAGCUCUGGCGCAACAUCCUGGCUGUUGACAACCGGAAGAGGCAUUGGUAUGUCAAGCGCAAGGUGCAGUACUUUCUCUUCAAAGUUGCAGACGCCAAGAGGCUCAAGAAGAAGGUGCACUUGAGCCUUGGGGCCUCCAGCUUCCGCGAUCAAAAAGAUGGCGAGACUGCUUGGGCGAUCGCUGCCAUCUUUUCCCACUUCCUGGGUGAGUGGCAGCACCUCCUCACAGACAAGGCUGUGGCCCGCUUGCAGGAGAGGCUCUGCCGCGGCUAUCUCGACACAGAGCUCACUGAGAAGCACCGCAUGAUGAACCCAAAGCUCACUGCUGUGCAGUUCCGAUUUCUGGCUGACGGUGCGCUGGAUCCGGAGUGCAAGGAUGACAUGGAGGCCAAGGCCAACGCAGACCUGGAGAAAGAGGAGCUGGCAAGAGCCAAGGCCAGGCUUGCAAAGGAGCAGUCUUAUUGGGAGACGUUCCAGGCAAAGCUUGAAGAAUUCAAGCUUCAGGGCCUGGGCCUGCAGCAGGAGCAGCUGGACAAGGAGCGACAGGCUGCCAUCAACAAGUUUUGCAAUGACCAGGGCCUCCCCAUGGACCCAGUGUACAAAGUGUACUGGUGCAACUGCACUGUCCUUGGGUAUGACGCGCAGGCUGGCAUGCAAGCUGCAGUGAAGGAGUACGCAGCACAGAUUGCAUCCAGCCCUGAGACAAGCUGCAUGUUGGUGGCUGCUCCGAAUUGCGGAGCGUGGGGGAAUGAGUACAACGAGGCGGCGACCAUCGAGGCCACCAACCAGACCCGGCAGAUCCUGGCUGACCCCGACUAUCGCCUGCUUGUUCGAGAAGUUCACCUUGCCUUCGACCCCGCCUCCAUCCAGAUGCAGUCCAAGCGCCCUGGGCUGCACAAGUUCUUCAUGUGCAUCUCAGACCAAAGCAGCGGCGACAAGGUGCUGAGCCACUUUGCCCAAAGCCUUCUGUGGAAGCGGCAGAUUGUGCCUGGGGCAAUCAAGGAUGCGGCAAGCGUCCCCAUGCUUGCCGUCAAAAACAUGGUGGACCCCCGCCGGAGCUUCGCCACCUGUGGUGGCAACCUGGACCUCAGCAAGCCCGCCCGCCGCAAGCAGUGGCUCAGUGGCUGGGCCAUCCCAGCCGCCUUCCACGAUGCGCUCUGGGCAUCGAUGAGCUUGCCCAAGAAGGCAGUUGCUGCCUGGCUCGAUGUGUUUGCCUUUGACCACUCACUUGCGGAGUGCCUCAUGCGCAAGGCGGACUAUGCCGGUGCGCCCAGGCAGCUCUACAUCGGCCUCAUCUGGGCCGAGAUGAACACCAGGGAGCUCAACCCCGGAGAGUCCACCUUUAAGGCCAACGCCCGGGUGUGCAAGUGGCUGAACAACCAGAUCCGCAGAAAGCUUCAAGCCUGCUGCACGGAUGGGCUGCUCAAGGUUCCGGACUGGGCCCCGCUGUCCAACUACUCCGAAGGCAGGACGGCGCCGGCUUUGCAGGACAGCGACUUCACCAUGACCUACCCGGCUGCUUCCAACUUGUUGCCGCUCAGGGCAACGUGCCUGGAGCUCAUGGAGUCCAAGCUGCAGAGUCCGGAGUCCAGAGCAGAGUGGGAGGCGGCAGUGGUAGAGCACAAUGUCAAAUGGAAUCCGUCUGGCCAGCCGCACUUGGAAGGCACCAAGCGCCGUGCUGAGUCCGAUGGAGGCGGCCCCAGGAAAAAGGCAAAGGUGGUGGACAAGGUGCCUGGCCAGCCGGAGACCUUGGAGGAGCUCAUUGCCAAGAAGGGCGCAGUUGCGGAGGUGUCUGUGGAGCCUGCCAAGGUUUUUUUCACAGACUCCGGUGAGAUCUGGGCAAUGGCUGCCCAGGACUGCGAGCUGAGUGACCAGAGGCCUGGCUUGGCUCUGGUCUUUGGCGCCUUCAAGCUUAACGAGGAAAUUGACGCGGCCGAGAAGAAGGCGACGGUGUACCACGUCAACUUCCAAGCCGACACCGAAGAAGCUUGCUUUGUUGCAGACGGUGACAAGGGCACAGGGAAGCGCCAGUCUUCUGAUGAUGAAAGCAAGGAGUCCUUUCAGCUGAAGCGGAAGCUUUGGAGUGAAAGCAGAAGCGCCUUGGAGAAGAAGUACCCGGGCAAGCCUAUGAAAGGCGCGGUGACAAGGACGGCUUCGCAGGAGGCUUACUGGUUCUUCUUGCAAGGCCACAUGAAGAAGACCUUGAAAGGCAACGGCAAGAAGCCCGGUGCCAAGGCCACAAAGGACGGCGUCAGCAAGGCUAUCCAGGAAGCUUCCCGGCUCUGGAAAUCCAAAGUGGACCAGGAGCUGUCAGUGCUGAGUAAGAAGCUGUAG